AUGGGUGGUCGUAUGAUUCCAGUCAGGAGUCUUUGCCCUGGGAAGAAUUUUUUGAAAAUUAGGACUAGGGUUACGUGGGAAGUGUGCCCUGUGAACAAUCCCUUGAGUCCCUAUGCUCUGCAUAUAGUUCUAAUUGAUGCUGAGGUUUAUUCAUGUUCUGAGUAUUAUUGUUUUGAUUUCGAGGGUAACAAAAUUGAAGCCAUUGCUCGGAAGCCUCUGAUGUCCAAAUUCAAGAGCGAGCUCUAUGAAGGAAAAGUUUACAACAUAUAUGUGAUUGAAUUAGUUACCAAUAUAUCAAGUGAGAAGAAAUAUCCUAAGGCUGGCAAGCUGAAGUUGUUGAUGAUGAUGACAUACGUACGAGUGAUCACCUUAGAGGAUGAAUAUUUUCUAAAGCUGUAUCCUAGGAAAGACAUCAGGGAACUCAAUGAUACUGUUGAGGAUGGUAUUUUUAUUGUUAUGGCAAAUAUCUCUGGUCUGGUUGAAGGGGAAAAGUGGUGGUACUAUGUCUGUAGUUGUCACAAGGUUGUGACUGUUGAAGAUGGACUCUCUUAUUGUGGCGAUUGUUCCAAAUUAGAAUUUGACGAUGGACUUGGCUGCGGUGUAUUUGUUGUUUUUGACACAUAUUGCCAACAAUUGUUGAUCAAGACAUGCAAGGAACUGAUCAUGGCUUCCAAGGCUGCAAAGGAUUAUCCAAAUGAGAUCAAGUCCAUCAUUGGCAGACAUAUUUUAUUUAAGGUGUAG